CGGCGGUUUUCUUUCUUUCUUUUAUUUUCUUCUAGGGCUCAUUUUAUUUGUACUUUCAAUUUUUCGUAGGCGGGUUCUCAUUGUCAUGAUUGUUUCUACCUGCUAGCGUAGAAAGGCGUACAGAUCUGUUGGUCACGAUGUCACUUUAUAGACAUUGUAUUUUCUAGGCAAGCUUGCUGAGCUCUAAAGCCAGUACACCUUUAAGUUGUAUGAGUAUAAUAUUUCUAUGAUACCAUAUACCUCAGGUCACGCAAUAGUAGACAUUGGUCACAAUACCUACAUUAUGUACUUAGCAAUGGCCAGUGCGCUCCACUUUAUUUUGCCAAUCAACCCAAGGCCGCAUCUUUCACGCUCAACUUGCAUUCAAACGAUCAGUACCUAAGUUUCAAUUUCAUCAAUUGAAAGCGUUCGUAAAAUCACUUAGUGGUGUGGCUUCAUUAGCUCAUGCCAGAACACUGAAUUUCGCCGCAAUCCACCUCCUGUCCACGCAAAUAUAGCAAGUAGUGGUAGGAAAACGACAUCAGUUAAUAUGGCGCCGGAUGAAGAUGACGACUAUAUGAACAUGACCUUUGAGGAGUGCCCCACGACAAUUGAGACAUCACUACAGAGACGACAGCGACUGAAGCGCGAAGGUGAGAUCAAGGGGCGCGUCAAGUCCAAGGUUGAACUGGCAGCCGAGGAGCGGGAGGCCCGCGAGACCGCCUUGUCCAGGAACAUGCUCGAGGGCACACAAGCCAAGAAGAGCAAAGGUCUCGCCAUGAUGGCCAAGAUGGGCUUCAAAGGCGGUGCGCUGGGCCGCAAGGAGAACCCAGACGCUCGUCUCGAGCCAAUCCGGCCCGAGAUGAAAGACGACCGCGCCGGCAUCGGCCUAGAUUCCGAGCGGAAGCGGAAACUGAGGGAAGCGGCGGAGAGCACAGAGAAAAAGGUCAAGGUCGAUGAGGCCGAGUAUCGCGAUCGCGUGCGCAGGGAGCGCGAGGCAGUGCGGUACGAGCGGAUGGCCUACGCUGCUAUGAAUACUUGUGAGCGCAUGGACGAGAAGAAGAGGCAAAGCGACACCCCCACUACCGGGGUCGCGGCGAACUCUGACAUUGAGAAGAAGCGGAUACUUUCCACGAGGCCGCUGAAAUCUAUACCCGUUGUGUGGAGGGGAUUGAUUCGUAAGCGUGAGGAGGUGGAGCGCGACCGCAGAAUGAAGCACGAUCUGCAGCAGACAUCCGCACCACGCCUGCCCGCGUAUGAAGACGACCUUGAGGACGAGGACGACAGAAAAGCUAUGGGGAAGACGCAAACUGCCUACGCCGUGGUUGAGGACCUUGACGAGGAGGACCCAGAGCUUGACGAGUUCAAUGCCCAUGAACCUGAUGUCAGGUUGCAGCGCAUCGUAGAACAUCUCCGGGCGGAAUACCACUACUGCUUCUGGUGUAAAUUCGAGUACCCCGAUGAUACAAUGGAAGGUUGCCCUGGUCCAACAGAGGAUGAUCACGACUAGGAUUUGGCAUACCUACCAACCACCCCACCGUAGGCUAGUGGCUUGUUGAAGAUUUGAGAUUGUAUGUUUAUCGGCUCAAUACAAUACGGCAUUCAAGUUGACUGGCUUUAAAUAACGCCUCCGUCCUUAAUGAUUGGCUGCUUAUUGCUGUUUGAUAACUUGAUACUAGGAAA